AUGAAUGCAGGGAAAGAGAGUCUCAACGCCGAGCCAACUGUACCAGUGGCUGAACCCUGCCAGCUCCCUCAAGAUACUCCGCAACCCAACUUAUAUCUGACCAACGAAGUGAGAAGACAGCGAGAAGCUGAAAAGGAUGAUCCAGAUGUUCUAGACUGGGACGGACCAGAUGACCCAGACAAUCCUAUGAACUGGAGCCAACUCAAGAAAAUGGCACAUAUAGUUCUAGUCGCAUUUCUCCAAUUGGUUGCGAACCUAGCUUCAACGAUGUUUGCCCCAGCGUCCGAGCUCGUGAUGGAGGAAUUUAACUUCUCCAGCAGAGCGCUGGCUUCACUCUCUGUCUCAAUCUAUGUCCUUGGCUUCGCCUUUGGCCCAUUGAUCUGGGCUCCAUUAUCAGAAGUAUAUGGUCGCCUUCCCGUCUACAUUUCGUCAACCGUAAUCUUCCUCGCCUUUGUCCUGGGGAGUGCAUUUUCCACCAACCUUGGCAUGUUCAUGGCCUUCCGGUUUCUCAGUGGCUGCGGCGGUGCUGCACCUCUUACAUGCAGUGGAGGAACCCUGGCCGACCUCAUUCCCCAAAACCAACGAGGCAGAUGGAUGGCCCUCAUUUCGAUCGGACCUCUCAUGGGUCCGACAGUUGGCCCGAUCCUCGGUGGCUUCGUUGGCCAGUAUAUAGGAUGGCGUUGGAGUGGGGUUCUUCUGCUUGCAGCAGUGUUCAUCUUACGCGAAUCCUACGCCCCUAUUAUACUCCUACGCAGAGAGAAUCAAUAUCGCAAGGCCCAAGGACGUCCACCUCUACGUGCUGACAGGACAGUAUUGGUGACAAAGCUCAAGCGGAAUAUGCUAAGGCCGUUCAAACUCCUGCUCCUCUCGCCUAUCGUUCUUUCCUUAGCUCUAUACGCUGCCUUCAGUUUCGGUCUCCUAUUUCUUCUCUUUACGACGUUUUCACGUGUGUUCAAGGGGCAGUAUGGCUUCUCGAUGAGUCUCAAUGGUCUAGCCUAUAUCGGAUUAGGCAUCGGCACUCUCGGAGGCCUCAUCAUCCAAGGACAAUUUAGUGACAAAAUGAUGUAUGUACGAGCGGCCAAAAGGGGAACCGACGUCAAGCCGGAAGAUCGAUUACCACCGAUGGCUUACUUAUGCUGGACCAUACCGGUUGGCAUGUUCUGGUACGGCUGGGGUGCGAGUGCUAAAACGCAUUGGGUCGUGCCUAUUAUUGGAACUUCUUUUGUUGGCAUUGGCUUUAUUUUUAUUAUGAAUCCCUCAAUGACCUACUUGAUAGACUGCUUCGGUCCAGAAGCCGCUGCCUCUGCCCUCGCGGCCCAUACCAUUCUACGAUCGAUCGCCGGCGCCUUUCUUCCACUUGCAGGACCCUCAAUGUAUGACUCUCUUGGCCUUGGCUGGGGAAAUAGUCUUUUAGGUUUCCUUGGAAUAGCUAUGAUUCCCAUUCCGUGGUACCUUGCGAUGUACGGCGAAAAGCUUCGGCUGAAGCGAAAUUUGAUGUUAUAA